UGUGUUUGGGAAAAAAGGGGGGAUUGAGAGUGUGAGGAGGGAGUUCCCAAAGUUUUCAAAGAGGGCGGCUCACAUUGUACUUUAGAAUCUGUUUGCAGAGCCUCAUGACACACACCGUAGCAUGCUCAAAAUCACUCAGGUUCAUUCAUGUAGGCUCACACAUGUGUGCAGUGGUUUAUCAGCAGAGGUGUCCUUGACAUGUUUGUGUUUCAUUAACUUGCUCUUGGUCUAAUGGUGGACUUUGGAGAGGCUGGACGAGAAGAGAAAAGGAGUACAACUCUUUGACAAGAAGGAGAGGAAGAAUGGGAUAGAAACAGUAAAAAAACAAAACUUCUAGUUGAGGAGAUGGACUGAGGUGAGCCAGAGAGACAGAAAGGACAAAACAGUGGAUGGACAUGGGCAGGGAGCGACUCACCCGGGGAUUGCUGCUGCGCUUGGGUGUCCUGCUCACUGCUGUGUGUGUGUGCGUUCAUGUUUACCUGGAGACGGGUUGGCGAGGAGCACCUGCACCCUUGGGACGUCCCACACAGUCCAGUCAGAACUGGGGCCAGCAGCAAAGCAGAGCCAAACUGGAGGCAGAGGAGCAGGACAGAAGCAUUAAAAGGAGAAUCUCUUAUGUGAGAACACUAAAGAAGGAGAGCCAAGCUAGGAAGAGGGACGAAGACAAAGAAGACCCCUCACCACCAUGCUGCCCUCAUGUCCGCCCGCACAGAAAGACUCCUCGGUGGCAUAUAGACUUGGAGCCCUGGGCCGGUGAGAGUCAUUCUCUGGAGGACGAAGCUAAAAGGUUCCUCAACUACAUCACAACACCACAAGUGUCGUGUGCAUCGUUGGCCGGUGAGGAAGCUGCUCCGGAGGGGACCAAAGCAGCCUGGGCUGCAUGUUUGGACCCCGAGUACAGCCUGACCCACAGAAUACAAAGCAAACACUGCAGGGUUUACUCUUUUGGGUUGGGUGUGGAUGAUCGGUCACUGGAGCGUUCUCUGGCGAGGGCAGGAUGUGAGGUCCACUGCUUUGAUCCCAGUCUGAAGCAGCCUCACGUGCAGCAGGCUGACAUGUGGCUUCAUCGGCUCUCUGUAGACUGGAGGGAUCCCAACCCGGCCGUCGUCGCCCAGCGUCAGUACGCCAACACCAAGAAACUGGCCACCAUCCUUAAUGACUUUGGACACAGACAGGUGGAUGUACUGAAGGCAGAUAUGGAGAGCGCAGAGUGGAAGAUUUUGGAGAACUUGAUCCUGGAGGGAGUUCUGGACUCAGUUGGGCAGCUGUUGUUGGAGCUUCACCUGCACUGGGCGGGCUUCGAGGUGGGCGGCGAUGACCCAUCCGUGGUGCGGUACUGGUUCAGCUUGCUCAAGGAGCUCGAGCACGCCAACUUCCGCCUCUUCCACGUCCACAGCGACCCGGCCAAACCUCACCUCUUCCUGCAUAAAAAUGUCCUCAACGCCAGCAGUGCUUACACCCUUAGCUGGGUGAACACGGAGUGGAAGCCUUGAGGGGAAGCCAGACUGAAUGAAAAACAAACUGUUAUCUUGGCUGGAACAGCUUCUGAAUGGAAAUGUACAAGUUUGUGUAACAUGGAGUUUUAAGUCAGAGCACAGAUUCUUGCUAGAUCAAGGCUGUUCCCCUUAUCAGGCCUGACCUUUUUGCAAAGCUGAAAUCCUUGCUCCUACUUAUCCUCCUGCUCUUCCUCUCCUGGCCUGUACUGACCUCGGCCGUGUAUAGGGGCAGAGUAAUUGCCUCCAGAGGCUCUCUGUGUUCUACCUCAUAGUGGCGGUGUUGUUGGCUGCAGGUCAGCCUCUUGAGUCACAGUCAACCCCCGUCAUCAUGGUCCUAUCUGAGCUUGGCUCACAGCCAGCCGUCCCGCCUCAUAUACGGCAACCUUUCUGGAUUACAAGUCUGCUCAAUAGAACGUGAAUUAAAGGAAAUGGAUACAUGAUGUUAAAGGGGGCAAGUAGAUGAAAGAUCCUGCCUCAUUGACAGUAAGUGAAUAUUUGUGGGAGGCCAUUAGAGCUGCUUAAACAGAAAGAGAAGGUAAAGAGAUGGGAUCAGCUACGGAGGCAGAAGAAGACGUCUAGACGAAGACGCUCCCCUGCAGUUGAACCCUGAUCUGAUUUUAUCUACAACACAUAACGCGGCAAUAAUAAUGUGAAGAACGUCGCAGUGAUGUCUCUCGAUUUGUUCAGUGUUUGUUGGAUACUUGAAUGAGGAUGUGUGGGCGAGUGUGUGGGAAUAAGACAAAAAGAAAAAAUGAACUCCAAUUAUUUUUUUUUCUCCACAUUGCAGUUUCCUGGGUUAUAAUAAAAAGCAACAAUUGAGAUCCACACAAAAGAAGCGUUUUGUCUAACUGUCAGUUCUUUUCUGGUGUUCCAAUUUGGCGUCACUCCUCACACAUUAUCUCUGCUGCACCAGAACUUCACCAACAAACUUUAAUUUUCUGAAAACACAGCACUGGUCUGACAGCCUCAAAAACAAUAAUCCACAUUGAAAAAUGAUCCCAUUAAUGUAAUUUUCUAAAUAUUCUUGAUGCAGUUCAAUAAAGAAAGAUUUCUCCUCUUGA